AACACACCUUCCCAAUGCAAAAACUACAAGCAGGUCCAAGAAAGAAAGUGAAAGGAGGAUAGAUCUAGAUCUCUAAAUCAUUCUAAAUGACUGAGUGAAAUUACACCGAUUCAUCUAAAGAUGCUGUCUGCAAUCAUUUUGAUUGAGAACCUGCGAUGGAUGGUUCCCACAGUUUUUAUGCUGGGAGCUGCCCCAGCAUACAUCAGUGUGUGGGGGGCGUGGAGGCUUGUGUCAUCAGUACUCCCCAGAUGGGUCUACGUCAAAGGAGAUGAUUUCUUGUUUUCAACCUAUCAUAGAAAUCUGCUUUUCUUUUUUGAAAUAAUAACUGGUGUCGAGUUAAUAUUUUAUGGCGACCUUACAGCCCUUAAAGAGUUAGCAAAGGGAGAGAACUGUAUAUACAUGUCUAACCAUCAAAGUACAUUGGACUGGGUAAUAGCUAGUUGCAUAUCUAUGCGUCGUGGAAGUUUGGGUAGAACCCGCUAUGUCUUAAAGGAUGGACUUAAAUUUCUACCUUUUUAUGGGUUUUACUUAGGAAUGCAUGGAUCAUUGUUCGUUAAACGAGCUGGAAAGUUUAGAAAAGAUAAGGCAGAAAAGCAGCUCAGUCGAGAUGCCCAUGAUAAAAAACCUAUGUGGCUUGUUGUUUUUCCUGAAGGGACUCGCUUCAACCCUGAACUAAUAAAUACAAUAGAAAGUAGUAAAGUUUUUGCUACAGAGCAAGGCUUACAGCCCCUUGAGAAUGUUUUGUUUCCAAGAAUUCGAGCCGUACAAGUUUGUAUAGAACAGUUAGGAAAAAGUGUUGAUUCCGUCUAUGAUGUUACAAUAGCAUAUGGAAACACAUACGACUUCAGCACUAAGCAACGACUGCCUGCUCCACCUAUGCAGGAUUUUUUAAUGGGAUCAAGUCCCAGAGUCCAUAUUCACAUUAACAGAAUUCCCAUCUCAGAGGUACCUGUAGAAAAGGAAGAAUUGAAAAGCUGGCUUUAUUCCAGGUUUCAGCUGAAAGACAGAUUGUUGGAGGAGUUUUAUUCAGCUGAAUCUGAAAGUGAGGCCAGGUUUCCUGGUGUACGUAUCAUCAAACCACUGUCAAUGUAUUCACUUUUACCAUCUGUGCUCUUAUGGAGUGGAACCUUUGCUGCUUUCAAUUCAUUCAGAACUGGUCAGCAGGGCUACUGGUCAGUUGGGCUAGGCCUUGCUUGCAUUGGAAUUUUUUGGAUGGCUGUUAGACCUUAAGGAUCUGCUAUGGUACCUCUGUUAGAAGUCUUGAAAGUGUUUUUAAAAUCAAAUUUGUGUCAAGGGUAUCUUACUAUUGAGAAGGUCUUGUGUACGUUUUCUUUUCGUUGUAGGGAUCUCUAAGGUGGAUAAAUUAAAGUGUUAAUGUCAAGGUUAUACAUUUUAUGUGCUGGUAACAUUUCUUAUAGAUUCUAUGAAAAAUUAUAAGGUUGUUAAAUUCUACAAUUAAUGUAAUAAUUGCCAGACACCAGUUUUUGGUGCAAGAUUAUUGUGUUUUAAUUGAUUUUAUUUUAAUAGGUCCUUUGGGGUUAUUUAUGUUAAAAAAUCAAUUCAAUGCAAGUAUUGAAACAUUAACUGGGUACUUUGUUGGCUGAGCGUAUGUAAUUUAAGUCUACUGAUCAGACUGUACUGUUGCUGAUAACAUUUGUAAAGGCGAGGAGCUGCUGUAAAUACAAGAUUUACAUGUUCAUCAAAUAUUUAU